CUCCGCUCUCCCUCGGGACGCAAGGCCGGCAGGCGCUCGAUUAGGCUCCGGCGCCCGGGGCUGCGGCGCUCUGGUCCCGGCCCCUGGCCCGGAGCCCCUGGGGCUCUCGCGCCCAGUCUUCGGUGCCGUGCUCUGCCCGGAGAACCCUCUCCGCUGGCUGAGCCACCCCGGACUCGCGCCCCCGGGCCAUGAAGAGGGGCCCGUGAGGGGCGCCCGGAGGCGGUGGAAGGGGAGGGAGGCGGGAGGCCGAGGAGGAGAGCGCGGGAGGCGGAGGAUGCCGCCGCCGCCGCCGCCGCCGCCCGCCGGCCCCCGGUGAGCCUGGCUCCAGACCCGAGGAUGGAGACGGCGCUGGGCGCUGUUGCGGCUCCCGGUGCGCCCCCGACCAGUUUCAGGUAGCAUUCUCCUCUCUCCAGUGUGGCUGGAAGAAGAGCCGCCUUUCCUGGCUGUCCUUUCCUUGUGGACAUCAGCGUCUGGGCUACAUCAACUGAGUUGCCAUUUCUACCUGGAGAUCUGGGUUUGCCAGCCAAAGGGCUGCCACACAGGGAAACUGCCAGCUAGGCAGGAGAUUUGGCAGCUGCGGAUUCCCCAGCUUGGAGCAGCCCCUCUUUGACCUCGCAUGGUGGAGAAGCAGGCCCAUGAAGGUGCCCAGCCAUGCAAUGUUCCUGGAAGGCAGUGCUCCUCCUUGCCCUGGCCUCCAUCGCCAUCCAGUACACCGCCAUCCGCACCUUCACUGCCAAAUCCUUCCACACCUGCCCCGGACUGGCCGAGGCAGGCCUGGCUGAGCGGUUGUGCGAGGAGAGCCCUACCUUCGCCUAUAACCUCUCCCGUAAGACCCACAUCCUCAUCCUGGCCACCACACGCAGCGGUUCCUCCUUUGUGGGCCAGCUCUUCAACCAGCACCUGGAUGUCUUCUACUUGUUUGAGCCCCUCUACCACGUCCAGAACACACUCAUCCCCCGUUUCACCCAGGGCAAGAGCCCUGCAGACCGGCGGGUCAUGCUGGGUGCCAGCCGCGACCUCCUGAGGAGCCUCUAUGACUGUGACCUCUAUUUCCUGGAGAACUACAUCAAGCCACCGCCGGUCAACCACACCACAGACAAGAUAUUCCGCCGUGGAGCCAGCCGGGUGCUGUGCUCCCGCCCCGUGUGCGACUCCCCAGGCUCCGCUGACUUGGUGGUGGAGGAGGGCGACUGCGUGCGCAAAUGUGGCCUGCUGAACCUGACGGUGGCCGCUGAGGCCUGUCGUGAGCGCAGUCACGUGGCCAUCAAGACUGUGCGGGUGCCAGAGGUUAAUGACUUGCGGGCCCUGGUUGAAGACCCCCGGUUAAACCUCAAGGUCAUCCAGCUAGUCCGAGACCCACGUGGCAUUCUGGCUUCCCGCAGCGAGACCUUCCGCGACACAUACCGGCUCUGGCGGCUCUGGUACGGCACUGGGCGGAAACCUUACAACCUGGACGUGACGCAGCUGACCACAGUGUGCGAGGACUUCUCCAACUCCGUGUCCACCGGCCUCAUGCGGCCCCCGUGGCUCAAGGGCAAGUACAUGCUGGUGCGCUAUGAGGACUUGGCCCGGAACCCCAUGAAGAAGACCGAGGAGAUCUACGGUUUCCUGGGUAUCCCCUUGGACAGCCAUGUGGCCCGCUGGAUCCAGAAUAACACACGGAGUGACCCUACCUUGGGCAAGCACAAAUACGGGACCGUGCGAAACUCGGCGGCCACCGCCGAGAAGUGGCGCUUCCGCCUCUCCUAUGACAUUGUGGUCUUCGCCCAGAACGCCUGUCAGCGGGUGCUGGCGCAGCUGGGCUACAAGAUGGCCACCUCGGAGGAGGAGCUCAAGAACCCCUCUGUCAGUCUGGUGGAGGAGCGGGACUUCCGCCCUUUCUCGUGACAAGGGCUCCGUGGUUGGUGGUGAGGGAGGGGCAUUAGUGUCGGUUUUGAUAAAAUGGACUGUUUUUAACUGUUGCCUUAUUUCCCCCUCCCUACACCCUGUCUGUGUGUCCUUCCUCCUCCCUGCCUAUCGCCCACUUCCUUCUGCCUCUUUUUGUCUCUGAAAUUUGCACUAUGUCUUGGACAGGAAUCACUGGGGCAGAGGGGCUGCAAGUGGGGUACACCCCCCACCCCAUCCCAUUCAGACACACGGAUGUUGGGUCUCUGGGUGGAUGGUGACUAUGUUUACAAGCACCACACUCACACGUUCACACACACAUGCACACACACAAGGCACCCUGAGGAGAGAUACCCCAAACCACACUUCUUAAGCUUUUCUGAUGGAUGAGUGGUCAGGGUAUGGUAGUUUUUGCACUGUCUCCCUUCUACAAGGUAAGAGGUUAAACAAAAAGGCCACCUCUCUAAUUUACGAAUGGUGUCUAUUCCUCCCAAUCCUGCUUCCCAUCCCCAGUGCCCACCACCCCUCUUGGAGCAGAGAAACUGCCCCCUCUUGCCCACCCUUGCCUGUCUGUGAGCAGGUUUUUACUGUGAGGUGAAUGUGGACCAUGUUUAUUUUUUGCAGUCUGUGGCAAUGCUGUCUGUUUGUCUGAGUCUUGUGGCUGCCCCUGAACCAGUGAUGGCUGAUAAAUCUUAUGGGUUUCUGAAUGAACUUGGGGUCCAUCUGUGAUAUUUCUUUGUGCCAAAAAGAAAAAGAGUGGAUCGGUUUGCUAAAUGAACAUUGAAAUGCUUUAUCUAUGUUUUCUGUAAAUAAAAGAGUGCAAUAAUAUCUGGGUGUGAUU